CUGUCAAAAACGAAUAAAAAGUUGCGCGAGCCGCGGUUGAAAAUUGUUCGAAUUUUCCGAAGUAAUUUUACUAAAGAAAGCCCCAUUUUCCGGCCUCCUCUAGCAUAAUGUUUCACCGAGUGUUUGCGCACUUUCGCCAUUCACCAUCCAGUUUUGGUCGUAAUGUAUUAUCCAGAUCCAUCGGAGGAGGGCCGGUAGCAGAACGCGGCGGUGCGAGAAGAAACUACCUUCAAACAGCAACCGCGGGCCGACACUUUAGCUCUACCGGUUCCCAGCAGCCACCAAAUGAAACGUUCGAUGCGUUUCGUGCACGCGAGGAACAGAAGGAACAGGAAUUUGCCAAACAACAGCAGCAACAAACAAGCACGGAAACGGGAGCAGCCGGAAACGCAGAGUUCAGCUCGUCUUCCUCUUCAUCCUCUAGUAGCGAACACACCGAUUCAAUCGAUCCGGAAGUGGAACGUACGAAGGAAAUGAUACUGGAUGCAGCAUUACUUUUUGUACGAUCACACGGCUGGUCGAAGGAGGCAAUCGCGAACGGUGCCGAGGCCGUGAACUAUCCCAGCGUUAGCCAUGGUCUCUUUCCGCGUGGCGGUAUCGAGCUCGUGCAUCACUUUUACAAACAGUGCAACCUGAAGCUCAUCGAACACCUGAAACAGGAAACGGCUGAGCUGGACAAGGUACCGAAUCCGUCGGAUUUUGCACGCCGCGCCAUCGAGUAUCGGUUACGUUUGCUUGAACCGUACCUGAAGCACUGGCCACAGGCGCUCGGCCUGAUGACGUUACCACCGAAUGCACCGCACUCGCUAGCCAAUCUGCUCACGCUGGUCGAUGAUAUCUGCUACUACGCUGGUGAUCGUGCUGUGGACUUUAACUGGUAUACGCGACGAGUGGGACUGGCGUGUAUCUACAAAACGACCGAGCUAUACAUGCUGCAAGACAGCUCCCCCGGGUUCGAGCGCACCUGGAAGUUCCUCGAGCGACGAAUGGAAGAAGCCAGUAUGGUACACGAGUUCCUAGUAAAGUCUGAAGGUGCAACCCAUCAGUUGCAGAAUGCAGUAGGCUCUGCCUUUACAACGGCCCGGAAUAUACUGGGGUUGAAUUUCGACCGACGUUGAGUGAACCGUAGCAGCCAUGGUGCUGUGAUAAUCGAUGGAUUUGCAUCGCUGUUCAUCUAGUUGUGAAUCCAAUUCGCCUACAACACACUAUGCCAUCACGCAAGUCUCUUUGCGGCAGACACUAGACCAAAUCGAACGAACGGGCGAAUUGAACGGGCUCAGGAAUUGAGCGAAUUGAACGGGCUCAGGGAUGAUUAAAUGUGUAGCAC